AUGACGAGCCAGAACAUGUUGGUGCCUGAGGCGAUGCCGGGGAUCGCAACGCCGGCGAACUCGCCGGCCGCGGUGCCGUACCCGCCGCCGCGCAGCGGCGGCGGCGGCGCGUCGAUCAGGAAGAAGCAUUAUUCUUCCAUCGAGCUCAGCGGAGGGCGGGCUAACGGGUGGGUGGAGUCGAUGAAGGCUUCCUCUCCGACCCACGCGAAGGCGGCCGCCGCCCUGGCUGCAGCGCCCGCCGACGAGCUCGAGAUCCCCGAAUACUCCGCGUGGAUAAUUCAGCAUCCCUCGGCUUUGAGCAAGUUUGAGCAGAUCAUGAACGCCACGAAGGGGAAACAAAUCGUGAUGUUCUUGGACUACGACGGAACUCUCUCCCCCAUCGUCGACGAUCCCGACUCCGCCUUCAUGUCCGAAGCGAUGAGAGCGGCGGUGAAGGAGGUCGCACGGUGCUUCCCGACAGCAAUUGUGAGCGGGCGCUGCAGGAGCAAAGUAUAUGAUUUUGUAAAAUUAACCGAGUUAUUCUACGCUGGAAGCCAUGGCAUGGACAUCAAAGUUCCCAAAGGAACCAAAUACACCAAGAAAAAAGAUGUUAUCCUUCAACCUGCAAGUGAGUUCCUACCUGCAAUGAAUGAGGUUCACAAAAAGUUACUGGAGAAGACCAAGCCCAUUCCUGGUGCCAAGGUGGAGAACAACAAGUUUUGUGUAUCUGUCCACUUCAGAUGUGUGGAAGAAAAGCAUUGGGGUUUGCUAGUGGAGCAGGUGUGCCUAGUGUUAAAGGAAUACCCCAAGUUAAGGAUUACUCAAGGGAGAAAGGUAUUGGAGAUUCGCCCCACCAUUAAAUGGGACAAGGGGAAGGCCUUGGAGUUCCUAUUAGAAUCUCUUGGGUUUGCUGACUGCAAAAACGUUGUGCCUGUUUAUAUCGGUGACGAUCGCACGGACGAGGAUGCUUUUAAGGUCUUGUGUGAGAGAGGACAAGGAAUUGGAAUCCUGGUUUCAGAGUUCCCAAAGGAGACAAAGGCUUCAUAUUCCCUCAGAGAGCCUUCUGAGGUUAUGGACUUCCUACUUCGGCUGGUGGAAUGGAAACGCGUUUCUGGAGCUAAGUAGGAAUGAAGAAGCAAUAUUUGCCUGCAUUCACUCCCCUUGUAUAUUAAACAAAGGGGUAGCUGAAUUAACCUGUUUUUGUUUCCUAGAUAACCUUUGUCAACUUUUAAGCACCACAAAAAUGAGACUUCUUGCCUAAUUUGUAAGAGGAACACAAGUACACUUGGGAGGAA